GCUCUGGCGCGCCUGCUUUUCCGCGGCAUAUCGUUUCAUCUGCUGGAAUACGGCUGCGUUAAAGGGGGGGUGGGAGAGAUGUAGCCUGCUAUUUCCGCUGCUUCAGCUCUCAGUUCACACUCCACUCGUUUUUUUUUACCCGCAGCUCCCAAUCCACAGUCAUUUGACUCGUUUGACGUGUUCUCCGCGGACUCCGGCGUCUGAUCUAAUUCGCGCGUCCUUUUUUUUUGUGCGUAAAAGUCGUGAGUAAGAGACGCGCGGUCCAAUAUUCAUGAUUGAUUGCGAGCAAAAAAAAGCGACGCGUUAGUUUAGCUGGUGUGGAAUCGCAUAGAAACGAGUUGGACUGCAGGAUGGAGGUUCGUUUGAAACUUGACUGAUGAGCAUCUCGAGGAGAGCGGCACCGUGUCCUCACAUGAUCGCUACGAGCUCUGCGAAGUGAAGGCUGAACUGUGCUUGACUUUGUCCCGAAAAUAUCCAGCAUGCCAUCUAUAAUUAACCAUGCAUUAUGCUACAUUAUACGCUGACUAAAUUAUUUACUCCUCGCUAAACACUUGCAAUUUAAAGUAAAACAGUUUGGUGACACGAUACCUGCAAAGCUCAACAGAAAAUCCAAAACCCGCUCUAAGGACACGUGUUGACUUCACUUAAAUCUUUAGUUGCAGAAUUCACACGUAAAAUAACAAGCUUUGCCCGGCUCGAUCCCACUGCAGCACCGAGGCCACCUUGCUCCGGUUCAGCUCACCUUGAACCAUGCUGGUCAUUUGCAGAAGUCCUCCGCGGGCAACUCGCGCAGCCCGCGGGCAUGCGAUGUUCCUCCGUGCAACUCUCAUCGUCCUUCUCCUCCUCUGGCCACGGCCGUCCGCAGGCAAGAAGAAGCUGUACAUCGGAGCGUUGUUCCCCAUGAGCGGAGGUUGGCCAGGCGGCCAGGCGUGUAUGCCCUCCGCUCAGAUGGCCCUGGACCUGGUGAACAACAGGAGCGACAUCCUGCCUGACUACGAGCUGGAGCUCAUCCACUACGACAGCAUGUGUGAUCCAGGAGAAGCCACCAAGUUGCUGUAUGACCUUCUGUACACCGAGCCCAUCAAGAUCGUCCUGAUGCCCGGCUGCAGUGGCGUCUCCACGUUGGUGGCCGAAGCUGCUCGCAUGUGGAACCUCAUAGUGCUGUCUUACGGCUCCAGCUCUCCGGCUCUUUCCAACCGCCAGCGCUUCCCCACCUUCUUCCGCACGCACCCGUCGGCCACCCUUCACAACCCCACCAGGGUGCAGCUCUUCCAGAAGUGGAAGUGGACGCGCAUUGCCACCAUCCAGCAGACCACCGAGGUCUUCACCUCGACUUUGGAUGAUCUGGAGCAGAGGACGAAGGAGGCAGGCAUCGAGAUCAGCGUUCGCCAGAGUUUCCUCACCGACCCGGCUGUCGCUGUCAAGAACCUCAAGCGCCAGGAUGCGAGGAUCAUCGUGGGGCUUUUUUAUGAGACUGAAGCCAGGAAGGUGUUUUGUGAGGUGUUCAAGGAGAAGCUCUAUGGGAAGAAGUAUGUUUGGUUCCUGAUAGGCUGGUACGCAGACAACUGGUUCAAGAUCAAAGACCCAGCUAUCAACUGCACAGUGGAGAACAUGACGGAGGCCGUGGAGGGACAUGUGACAACCGAGAUUGUCAUGUUGAAUCCUGAGACUGUCCGCGGCGUCUCCAACAUGACAUCGCAGGAGUUUAUCGCUGCCUUGAUGUCUCGUCUGGGUGGGAUGAACCCAGAGGAGACUGGUGGGUUUCAGGAGGCCCCUUUAGCCUAUGAUGCAGUGUGGGCUCUGGCCCUUGCCCUCAAUAAGACCGUGGCACCACUUAAAGCCAAGGGCCGACGACUGGAGGAUUUCAACUAUAACAACCAUGAUAUUACCUCUGAGAUCUACAGGGCCCUCAACACGAGCUCUUUUGAAGGAGUUUCGGGCCAAGUGGUGUUUGACGCCCAGGGUUCCAGGAUGGCAAUGACUCUUAUCGAGCAACUGCAAGGAGGCAGUUACAAGAAGAUCGGUUACUAUGACAGCUCUCAGAAGAACCUCUCCUGGUUUGGCAAUGAUGUUUGGAUAGGCGCUGGACCUCCUGCUGAUCGGACAGUGGUGAUCGAAGAGUACAGGUUCUUAUCUCAAAAGCUUUUUGCAGCUGUGUCCGUUUUCGCCGGCCUCGGCAUUCUGCUCGGCAUUGUGUGUCUGACCUUCAACAUCUACAAUGGCAACGUCCGCUACAUCCAGAACUCUCAGCCCUACCUGAACAACAUGACGGCGGUGGGCUGCAUGAUGGCUCUGGCUGCAGUGUUCCCGCUGGGGAUUGAUGGUCACCACGUCCACAGAUCACAGUUCCCCGUCGUCUGCCAGGCGUACGGCAGCAUGUUCACCAAGAUCUGGUGGGUGCACACCCUCUUCACGAAGAAGGAGGAAAAGAAGGAGAAGAAGAAGCAACACUUGGAGCCAUGGAAACUCUACGCAACAGUUGGAGUGCUGCUGGCUAUUGACUUCCUGUCACUCAUGAUCUGGCAGAUUGUGGAUCCUCUGCACAUUACGGUUGAGAAGUUCACUAAGGAGGCCCCUAAAGAAGAUUUGGAUGUCCUGAUUCAGCCCUUGUUGGAGCACUGCAGCUCAGAGAAGAUGAAUACGUGGCUCGGUGUGGUUUAUGGCUACAAGGGUCUGCUGCUGCUGCUGGGCAUAUUUCUGGCUUACGAGACCAAGUCUGUCUCCACAGAAAAGAUCAAUGACCAUCGGGCUGUAGGGAUGGCUAUUUACAACGUUGCUGUGUUGUGCCUGAUCACGGCUCCAGUGACUAUGAUCCUGUCUUCGCAGCAGGAUGCCUCCUUUGCCUUUGCCUCUCUAGCAAUCGUCUUCUCUGCCUACAUUACUCUGGUGGUGCUUUUUGUACCCAAGAUGCGGCGUCUCAUCACCCGCGGCGAGUGGCAGUCGGAGCAGCAGGACACUCUGAAGACCGGUUCGUCCACCAACAAUAAUGACGAGGAGAAAUCCAGGCAGCUGGAGAGAGAGAACAGGGAACUGCAAAAGAUCAUCCAGGAGAAGGAAGAGAGGGUAUCAGCGCUGCGCAACCAGCUGGCUGAGCGACAGGCUCUACGCAACCGCCGCCGACCCUCCAUAGGCCAGAAUCAGAACCACAACGCCCCGCUACCCUCAUCCCAGCCGGAUCCCAAGUCUCUGCUUCCCCCGCCUGGCUACCCCAACCCCACGACGGACAAUCAUUCCCUCCCGCCUUCCUUCUCCAACUCCUCCAACCUCUACCCGGCUGACAGCAAGAUGAGCCGCAACCACUGUCACAACAGCCAGAUCCCACUACUGUAUAAGUAGGCGAGGCACAGAGAGAGAGUGGGGGGGGGGAGCAGUCGCACAAUGCACACAGGGGACACAAAACACAACGAGACACUGUGACUUUCACUUGUAUCGGCGAUGAGCACAGCGGUGUAGUGACACUGUUUUAAAAUACGGCGUGGAAGCUCAAAUGAGUACACAGGAGUGCUUUACACAUGGCAGCUUCGGGAAAAGUCACGCAGGUAACACCCGUCCUCACAGUUUUGAUCUCACUGUGUUCAACCCAGCAACGACGUGGCGACAAGCACAUCUCAGACUAGCAACACUUGUGGUCUUUUCAAAGGUCAUAGAUCUCUUAAUCAUUCCUCUCCCUCAUUCGUUAUCUCGUUCUGUUGUGGAGACACCGCGUCAAUGAUCUCAAAAGGAAACGUUUGUGUUUGUGUCUUUGCUAUAUCGUCUCCACCUUUUGUCUCGAGUUUGUUGACUAGGCAAGCACAUACAGUAGUGAUUUAUAUUGUUAUGUAAUAUCUGAUCUGUUUUGUCAUGGAGUUGUUGUUAAAUUAUUUGUUUACUUUUCAGGAAAGUUGUGAAAACUGAAAUUUACAAAGGGACAAAGCAAUGUACAGUUUUUUUUUCUCCAAUGUUUCUUCUGAAGAGCAGCUGAGCUCGGUUGUGUGGAAUACUGGUUUCACUAAAAAGUGAUAAUGUGCAUUAUUAAAUAGCCAUAAAAUAGAAGGACCCAGGAGUUUGGCAUGUAUGGAUGUCUGUUGUCAGGACUGUGUAUUCAAGUACAACAGAUCUUAAAAAUCCAGUCCUUCGCUGAUGUAUGAAUAUUAGACCCAUUUUAAAGGAGAAGAUGAUCCAAGCCUGCACGUGUGUAAGGACGAUUUUGAUAGUUUUGCCAUUUGAAAUAACAUUUUACAAGGUAUUUUUUGAGAUUUGUGUUGUAUCUAUUUAGCAGUAUAGUAUAGUAAUAGCCAUCAAACGAAUCCCUCAUCCUGUAUCUAAUGUAUGUUGCAGAUACCGCUGGGUACGGCAACAGCCACACUCACUGCAGCUGAUUCUCACAUUUUGCAGGUAGUGACAGAGGCUUUAGAAUCCAAACUUGGAAAACUCUAACUUCCAUAAUACUUCGUACUUUCUGCCUCCUGAGAAUGAAAGCCAAUUUCUAUUUCUACAGCAGCAGUCCGGUGCAAUUUGGGGUUUCCAAGAUGGCUAUUUCUGUGGAUAUUCAGAAAAAGCACAGUUUUUUCCUCAAGAUUUUAUACAUGAGAAUUUGUUACACGUCAUUGUUGUAAGCCUUUUUAUUUUAAGAAGAUGGUUUGUUUUUUUUGUUUUUGUUUUUCCAUAACAGACAAUCUGGAUGGAUGCUCUUAUUUUAUUUUUAUUUCCCAUUUUGCAUUUGGAUAAGUUGUAAAUGAAUCAAAGAGGGAUACGUGUAAAGUAAUGUGACAUACUGUAUUUAUUCAGCAGUUAAUCUGGAUGUACUAUUUCAUUCAUGAGCUAUUUCCAGAUUUUAUAAAGCAAUGAUACCUGAACAGCUUUAUCAGCAGGUAAAACAAUACUUUGUCAAAUAUUUUUAAAUAUAUAUAUAUUUCAGUGUGCACUUUAAACUGAACAAACUAUGGUUAUUCCACUUUAUGUUGCUGUAAUUCUAAUACAUUUUAGCUCAGGGUAUGGAGAAGGACAUAAAUGAAUGAAAUAGGCCAUAUUUAUUAACUGUACAGUACCUGGGUCAGACAUCUAACAUAUGAAUGCAGAAAUAAUUUAGGAAAUGCUCUAUUAUCUUGCAUAUAUAUGACAGUAUACAUGGUUUUGGGGAUAUUUGUAUUCACUAUAUCUAAGAUCUUAAAUGUUAAUAUAUUUCAGAGUAUGUGUAUGCAAAU